AUGAUAGGGUCUUUCAGAGAUCAUCUCUGCUCACCUAGAGAUCAAUAUGGCCACGUCAAAAAGGGCAAGCGAUGUAGUUGGGAUUGCGACGAGAGAUCCGCAGAGGUUAUCCUACAUUACAUUCAAUCUUAUCCCGAUCAAAGUGAUUUUCCACCUCUUAGAAUUGUAGAAAGGAUAAAGACAGAUUUGGUACAGAUUGAAGCUGAGGGUGCAGUAGGGAAGAAGGAAGAAGAUGGAGAUGAAGAUGAAAAAUCUCCAACGGGAAGCGAACAAAGCGAGGAUGAGUAUGAGAAAAUAUCCACUACCGAUACCGAUAUUUGGAGAACUCCCCGAUCAAAACAAACAACACUGAUCGCAUCGAAGUUGGAUAAGAUGAUAGAUCGAGAAGCUGCGGGGUGGAAAUAUAAUCCGGAUCAAAAUGAGGAAGUAAGAUUGGCGACGAUCGAAAAGUGGCAGAAGAGGGUGGUUUUCGUGAACGAAUUCGAUGGAAGAAAGCUCAGAGGUUUUGGACAUGACCCGUAA